UGUAUUAUACUCUGUAUUCUACAGUGCCGUUGAAAUAUAGAAUCUAUAUAACUAUUAUACAGAUUCUAGAUCUAUUAUAUAAGGCACUUUAUCUAGAUUUUAAAAAGAUUUUAGAUCUGCUUAUAAUUGAAAGAUCCUCAUUUAAAUAAAUAUCCAGAUUAACUCAAGAAUACUCAUAUUUUCAUUAUUUUGUUAUUAUUUUAUGAAAUGGAUGACAGUGAAAGUGAUGGGUUUUUGGAAUAUAAAGGAACACAGUUUAUCAAGCAAGAAAAGCCUUCAUACCAAGCAAAUCCUCCAUACAGAUCUCACCAAACAAUAAAUUCUACAGACUUUUACUCAGAUGAUGAGUAUAAUUUUUCCAACCCACGCCGAGGGGUUGCAGUUAUAAUUGUCAACGACACUUUCAAUGGUAAAAACAAGCGUGAAGGGUGUACUAUAGACUUAGCUAAUCUACAAACAAUAUUUUCCAGCCAUGGAUUUGAGAUACGAUCAUAUUAUGACAAAACUGUAGGAGAACUAAUGAAGGAACUUAAAAACAUUUCCAGUGAAGACCAUUCUUCUUGUGACUGUCUUGUGCUAGCCAUUUCAACCCACGGGGAUGAAGUUUUCAGCCAAGACAACUCUAGACAAGAUGUUAUCUACACAAAAGAUGCAGUAAUUUCUACCAAAGCUAUUCUAGAAUUAUUUAAUGACCAAAACUGCCCUUCACUAAAAAACAAGCCAAGAUUAGCUUUUAUUCAGGCUUGUCGUGGAGGCAAGCUGGAUGAUGGUAUGGAAAUAACUUGUACAAAACAGAAGCCUGAAGCUUCCUCUGAGGACGUGCUUGAUGAAAAAAGCCUCAUCCGGUUCAAAUCCAUGGAUUGCUCAGAUUCUGUUGCAGAAGAAAGCUUGAGUGAUGCAUUGUUUUCUAAAACUAGGAAACAUGUUAUAACAGAUGUUAAACAUGUCUCAAGAUUGAGUGAAGUUUGCACCACACCAGCUCCAUGUUUUAAAGAUUUCCUGGUGAUGUACUCCUGCCCUCCAGGUUUCUUUGCCUUUCGCCGUCCUCGCGAGGGAUCAUGGUUUAUAAAAUGCCUGGCAGAUGUGUUACUCACUUCAAGGGGAGGCAGAUCUCUAAUGCAAGAGCUGACCACUGUCGUAGGACUGGUUGCUAGGGAACGCCAGUCUGAAAGUUUAGAUCCUGUCUUGAAUGCUAAAAAACAAUCUCCCGUCAUCUAUUCUAUGCUUACAAAAGAAAUUUAUUUGCGGAAAAAAGUGUAACUAACAAUAUGUGUAAUAUUAUGUUUUGGAAAUGAGCCUAAAAUUUAUUUUAGUUUAUGACUGAUUUUAAAACACUGGUGUAAAAAAAAAAGCUUUCUAAGAAAAUUCUUAUACAAAUGUGCUUUCUGUGUUGUGUUAUCACAUUUUUGUUGUUCAAAAUUCAUUUUACCUACCAAUACUCCCUAAUUUUUUUUAUUUCACUGGUGCUAUUGUUCAAUAGUCACAUGAAUAUAAUGCAUUUGUCUUAAGCCCCACUGAAUUUAUUAUACUUGUGUUUUUAAAACUAAAUACAAAAUGAAUGUUGUAUUAUAAAUUAUGGAUGGUUGCUUUAAGUUUAAGGCAUUGAUGGGAAAACAGUUUUACAGAAUGGGACAUUUUUUUUAAAAGCUGUUUAAAAUUGUAUUGAUUUACCUUGUUUUAGCUUGUGCAUAGAAAGUUUUUCACUUAUUACUUCACCCGUGUUUGUACAUCAUUGUGUAAAACAAUUAUCAUACAAUAGCUUUGUUGUCAUUUAUAAUCAUAAGCUGACAUUUUCAGUAAAUUGUGUAAAAAAAAAGUAUGGUGGCUGACAAGAACAGAUCUUUACAAUUGUCUCAUGUACAUUAAAUAAUGACAUUGUUAGCUGCUAACCGCAAAAGAAGGGAUUUGUACUUUUCAAGUAUGGAUACCCCAAUCUGGGGUGGGAGGGGUUAGUGUAAUCUUUUUAAAGUUCUGUAAACUUGAGUAUACUCAGUAAAUGUAAAGAAUGGAA